UGUAAUAUGUACAUCAGUUCAACAGUGCAGGAAUAAAGAACAGACCUUCUGUUAGCAUCUCGUCGGUGUUGUAACCGCACCGCCGUGAUUUUUGCCAGAUCGAUCAUGCACCGUCCGGCGAUUUGAAAAAGAGAGAAAGGAACUUUAAGGAAGGGAGAAGAGAAUAGAGUGCAAGAGAAACCGGACAAUUUAGUGGACUGACGACGACGCAGCGAGUGGCUUGGGUUGUGUGGACGGAAAUUCGUCUCUUUGGUGUAACAGCGUUUACAGGACAAGAAGAGCGAGUAGCAUUGUGAGGAGGCGAUCGCACACGCGAGUGUGGCGGCCGGCUGGCUGGCACGUUCUCGUCGUCGGCGUCGUCACCGUCGUCGUCAUCGUCAUCGUGAUAAUCACACAAUCCGUCGUUUCCAGUCGUCUCGUUACGCGUCUAAUUGAGCAAGGACACACACAGCGAACCUGAGCGGACCACGCGACCGAGCGAAACAGGCGAGCGUAGACGCAACGAACGGAGCGACGACGAGCCCGUCACGAUGAGUUUUCUAUUUGGGAGUAGGUCUUCCAAGACUUUUAAACCAAAGAAGAACAUCCCAGAGGGUACUCAUCAAUAUGACUUGAUGAAACAUGCCGCUGCUACAUUAGGCUCCGGUAAUCUGCGAUUGGCUGUAAUGCUUCCUGAAGGAGAAGAUUUGAAUGAAUGGGUCGCUGUUAAUAGUAAAUUGAAAAAUUUAUUUUUUAUCUCCAUUAUUAUUUUUAUAUCAACUAGCUCUAAAUGUGUGUUUUUUUUUCCUUCAGCUGUUGAUUUUUUCAAUCAAAUCAACAUGUUAUACGGCACCAUCACAGAAUUCUGUACGGAGGAGAGUUGUCCCAUCAUGUCAGCUGGACCGAAGUACGAAUAUCACUGGGCUGACGGUCACACGGUAAAAAAGCCUAUCAAAUGUUCAGCACCCAAAUACAUAGACUACUUAAUGACUUGGGUGCAGGAUCAAUUGGACGAUGAGACUCUAUUUCCAUCCAAAAUCGGAGUUCCUUUUCCCAAGAAUUUUUUAUCUAUUGCAAAGACUAUCCUGAAGCGGUUAUUCAGAGUAUAUGCUCACAUCUAUCAUCAACAUUUUAGUGAAGUCGUGCAGCUCGGUGAAGAGGCACAUUUAAAUACGUCGUUCAAGCAUUUCAUAUUCUUCGUUCAGGAAUUUAAUUUGAUCGAGAGAAGAGAAUUGGCACCUCUGCAGGAGCUAAUAGAGAAACUGACGGCGAAAGACGCGCGAUGAGUCCGUCUAUCGUCUAUAAGCCACUCGUUCUCUCGAAACUUUUCCAAAGAAUCUCAACCAUGCUGUCUCUCUCUUCGCUAACCAUAUAUAAUUACAUUAUUUAAACUGAUCUAUUAAUCGCUAACUCCACGAUCUGCCUCUGUUUCGAAGAACUGGCGGCAAAAACAUAUCGCCGUUACGGAAACAAGCGACAAAAUGCCUACAGUGGUCGCUCUGAAAUCUCAGGGUGCGUUUCGUUUCUCGCAUUGAACGCAUAGAACAAUUUGCGACUCGCCGUCUGUGGCGAUAGCUUUUUGAUGUUGGCCGUAUCGAUUCAGUUCGUGGUCGGGGCCAUUUUAUCAAGCAUAGAUAACAGUCAAUGCGCUGCACAUUCCGUCUCAUUAAUGCGUAAUUGUAUGCGCAUCUAGUACCGCAUCUGAUACCGAGCAUUUAUUAAUGCAUUUAUUAAUUUCAAUUUGCACAAAAUAGGAACUCAGUUAGUAAUAACCUCGAAAGUUAAAUUUUUACUUGUUGACGCUUUAUUGGAUCGCACGAGACUGAACACUUUCUCACUGUACAAUGUGUAUAUACUAUCAUUACCACCAUAAUGUGUAUACUGCUUUUCUGUUCCGAAAUCCAAUACAGUAAAAACUUAAAUUUCAGAACGAUACAAGUCAGUCAUUUCAGUAACAACAACGCUAGUAAUUUUGGAACGUACUCGCUGUAGUAAUUGAUGCGCUCCUCAUGCGCUAAUGGUAGGGAGAAUCUUGGGAAUCCCAUGUGCUACCAAUGCACGCAUUAGAUGAAACGGAACGGUUAUCUAUGCAGUCUGCGCAUCAUGCGAGAAACGGAACGCACUCUCAUUCUCUGAUAGCGCAUAGAUAUUCUGUAUAUUCACUACGUGCAUACACACAUACAAAAAGAGAGAGAAAAAACUUAUCGAGUGGAUAAGGAUAAUGAGACGGUAGUUAUGAGACGACGCGUCCGAUUUUGUGACUCUGUUUUCUCCAGACGUUCUCCAAACACGUUUCAAUCGUAAUUUAUCAAUUGCACUGCUGAUACACGAAGGAGAGAUCGAUGUUUAAGUACAAAGUGCAUAUUUCAAGGAAAAUAUGAAUUCGAAAAUGCUAGAUACACUCGUCUCUUUUUUUGCAAGCGAACAAGACUAACGCUCGUGAGUUUUUUGCAAUUUUGUUAUUAUUAUC